CGCCCAUUUCCUUUGAAAAAAAAGUCGUCAGCUAUUUUUUUUUUAGCUGACAUCUUUGUAUUUUUAGCUGUUAGCCACUUCUGCUAAGUAACUUACUAAGCUAUUUCUCGCGCCAAAGUAUAAACAAGAAUUGCACGAAGUCCACGUCGAGAACAACAGCAGUUACGCGGUCCCCGAAAAGUUACUAUGGAAGAAGUGCAGCAGGGCAGCAAUGGCACUGAGUUACAGGCUGCCACCAUUCCCACCACCCUCACAUCAGCUCAGUUCUCACAGAUAGCCCAACAGAUGUCACUGGGUGGUGGUUCUGUGGCCGUUGUACAGCUGCCUGGUGGCCAGUUUCAGGUUCAAGGGGUCAUCCAGUCUGCACAGUCAUCCGUCAUUCAGUCUCCUCAGAUGCAAAGUGCCCAGGCCCCGGAUACAGAUAGUGACGAUUCACAGGACUCAUCGGACAGUGGAGCUGUGUCCCAUAAUACCAGAGAAAUACUGGCGCGACGUCCUUCAUACAGAAAAAUCCUUAAUGAACUGUCAUCUGAGGAAGUAACACACGUUGAGGGAAAGGACAGCCCAGCGUCUACAGGUGUUCUAGCACCCACCACCCAAAUCUACCAGACCAGCACCGGCCAGUACAUUACUAUAGCCGCUAACGGUACAAUCCAGCUUGCCUCUUCGACGCCUGAAGGCAUUCAAGGGCUACAGGCCGUGACCAUGGCCAACUCUGGUGGAGCCCAGCAGAACACGACCAUCCUUCAGUAUGCCCAGACCCCUGACGGCCAGCAGAUACUCGUGCCUGGUAACCAGGUUGUCGUACAAGGUGCAGGAGGAGAGGUGCAAACGUACCAGAUCCGCACAGCGCCCACGUCCAGCUCUCUGCCCCAGACUGUGGUCAUGACGUCUCCCAUGGGACUUUCACACGGCAAGAGUGAUGACCCAACAAUGAAAAGGGAGAUCAGGCUUGCAAAAAACAGAGAGGCAGCACGUGAAUGUCGACGGAAGAAAAAGGAAUAUGUUAAAUGCCUCGAAAACCGUGUAGCUGUCCUUGAAAACCAAAACAAGACCCUGAUUGAAGAACUCAAAACCUUAAAGGACCUCUAUUGUGUUAAAACAGGAUAACCUGUCUUAUUGAUUGGGACAUCAUUUGGGACUGACAUAGUCAGCCAUUUGGACAUGAACAGGGUUUCUGGGAACACUUAAUUUCAGGCUGAGAUCCUCAAGUUUUUUACUGUUUGAUAUACAAGUGACAGUUGAUGGCAGUAAGAUAUACUCAACAAAUAAAGUUCCGCCUGCUGUUUUUUUAAUUUGCUAACACUAUAACAUUUAUAGUUGUGUACAUUUUUAAUACUGGGAGGUUUGAAAUGGUGAGCUUUAACUUUGAGUCUCUGUUUGUAAAUGUAUCCCUUGUUUUUAAAAGGUUUUUUUUUUAUCCUCUACCAGCAUCAGCAGAAUGUUGACUGUAUGAAUCCCACACAAAUGUAAUUCCUGUUUUUAUAUUGUGGACCAGCAAUUCCCCUCAUUCUCUAUAAGGAGAUGUUACAAUCGUCAUUCCUUCUUUUCGUGCAAUGGAAUAUAAAGGGUAACAAAUAAUGACUUUGAGGGCGGUUUGUUGUUUUUUUAGAGGUUACUUAGACAAUCAGGGAAAAAGCAGUGUCCAGGUAAUAUUUAUUAAUGUACAUCUUGGGAAGGCUGGGAAAGAUGAACAAACUGUAUGAAAUGUUGCUGAUUGUGUAAAUACAUAAAUAUAUUUUCACUCAAA